GGCAACAUUCGCUAUUUCAGGUUGUUGGGGCGGGACCCACUAGCGGACCCCGGGCUAGGGUUAGGCAGCCGAACUCGGGUCGAGCGGAUCGUCAUCAUCACAGUAGUACAACAGAUGGCAACAAUGGGCUUUCGAUAUAUUUACAAAAUUGGGGGCGCCAUUGAUGGACGCAUUGCAGGGUUCGGCUGAUUCUUAUUUCUUCAGAUGUCUCUUCUUUUUUUUCCAUUUGCAACCCAGGAGACGAAAUAGCCAAGGCAUAAUUAAUCCCACAUUUCUUGUUGCUUUCCAUUCAUAAAUUUCUUCUCUUUUUUGUUUUUCCUUUCCUGGGUAUUGGGUUCUUUCCGCCCACCUUCAAAGAAGAUGACGUCUUGAGCCAACAGACAGCGAGGGGGCAAAAGGGCAGAGUAAAAGAAGGGAUACCCACAAAAAAAAAAAAAAAAGUAGUGGGGGUGGUGGCUAUAAGUCAAAAUUGCACACCUUUGAGGACCAGGAACUACACAAGUAUUGAUUUUUUUUUGAAGGCUGACUUUCUAGGACAUAAGGUCCCUCUCUCUGGCCUCUUCUGGGUUUUUAUUUCUGUGCUGUUGGGAGUUAGCAGCUGUUUCUGGGCUUUCUACCUCUCCCUCUUUCCCUCUGUCUCGUUGAGCCCUGAGAGAAGGUGAUAAAGAGAUGGCUGAUAAUGGAAGAGUCCAUCCGGAGUGUGUUAAUGCUGCCAAUCCAUAUCAUGAAUGUGGAGUAGCUUGCCUGGAGAAGAUUGCUGUGGGCGAAACUCGAAAGUCUAUGAGCAAGAAGAAGUCAGACAGUCCAAGAAGUUUCAAACAAGUUCAGCAUAUCAGAAAGAAUGAUGAAGAAAGAAGAGUUGCAAAUCCAAAUUGUCCAAAAGCUGCCAAUCCUUUCCAUGAAUGUGGCAAAUAUUGUACUAAUAAACCUGCUGAUGCGAACCUUCACGACAAUGAUAAAGAUGCAGGGUCCUUCCUUCUUGGUGCUCCUGUGAGCAUGAUAAGGAAAAAGAAAGAAGCUUUAUCUCAGCCAAAUUCACCUCAUAGUGUCAACAAUAAUGUGUCUGCUGCAAAAGCAGCUAAUGUUGCUGCCAUCGCUUCACCAAGAUCACCUUUCUCUAAACCCAACUCCAAUGCUAACUCUAACAAGAAGGUAGUGGAGUCGAACAAAAGCCGGUCCACGUCCUCAUCUCAAGAGGAAAUCGAUUCCCGUGAGCAGUCUUUCCACAAGACCCAAGCUCCAGCUUAUGAAUCAGUUCCUGCCUCUGGGGUCAUCACGGUACCUGAUGGUCCCUUGAGCCCAAAUAAGGGAAGUUUUACAUGCUUUGUGGAUCCAAAAUACACUAAACAACAUGAAGAGAAGAAUGUCAAUACUUCUUCACCCAAGGCAGCAUCAUCUCCCAAGCCUGAUGAUGCCAAAAUUGAUGAACCCGUGAUGAAGACGAUGGAGUUCAGCUUCUCAGGCAUCUCGCACAUAUCUCGUGACAGUGACGACGAUGAGGUGCAGUCUGUUAUAUCUGAUUCAUGUGUAUCAGUUGGCAAAUACCAUGUCAGGGCAACCAUUGCUUCGAUCCUAUCUGCAAUCUUCAUCAAGUACGGAGACAUAGCUGGUAACUGUAAGCUAGAAUCUGUUUCCAUGCGCGCGUAUUAUCUGGAGUGCCUGUGCUCCGUGGUUCAGGAACUGCAGGCCCUUUCCGUCAGGCAGCUGACUAGGUCCAAAGUCAAAGAGCUGUUAGCAGUGCUCAAGGACGUGGAAUCAGCAGGGAUUGAUGUGCAUUGGCUGCGCGAUAUCCUCAACGGUCUUACUGAAGUAGUGGAGCUCAACAGUCAGCACCAAGCCGCUGAAGCAGCCAAAGUCGAGUGUGAUCAUGCUGUAUACUCGACUAGGAAAGAACUCGAGUUCAUGAUGGAGGAUUUGACACUGAAAGAGCAGGCAGUUGCAGAGGCCAGAUCGAAAGUCGAGCAAAUGAGGGCCAGGUUAACAGAAUUAGAGGCCGAAUCUUCCAAGUUAAGCGAAGCUGUUUCUUCCACUUGGUCCUUGGUGGAGAAGUUUCAUUCAAAACCCCUGGCGGAUGACAUAUUGUGAAUGCCAUUUUGUUCAGGUGUUAACUAUUCCUAAUUACCACGGUAAUCAGACCGUGCUUAAGUUGCAAUCUUGAUAAGGACCACCAUGGAAGUGGUAUAGCUUGGUAUGAGGUUUCUGUGUAUCAUGCAAUUGAAUGAUUUUGCUGUAGCUUUAACUCUGUGUUGUACUAAGCUGUCUUGAGUUGAGUAUAUGUAUAGAUUGGCUGUUUGUUUAUGGGUGAUCAGUAGGUUUCCAUUGCUGAUCCCUCAGCUCCACCAGCCUGAAACCUUUUAUUUCUUAGAAUGUAAAUGGGUUAUGUAAUGGUCUGAUAAACAAUCAAAUGUGGAACUUGAGGUUCAAUAGUAGAUUAUAUACUGUUUAUCAACCCC